GAGCGUGUCAGCAUGAUGGUGAUCCUGCUGAACUGCGUGACUCUGGGCAUGUACCAGCCCUGCGAAAACAUCGACUGUUCGUCCGACCGCUGCCAGAUCCUGCAGGCUUUUGAUGCCUUCAUAUACAUCUUCUUUGCACUGGAGAUGGUGGUUAAGAUGGUGGCUUUGGGCAUCUUUGGGCGUCGCUGUUACCUAGGAGACACCUGGAACAGACUGGAUUUCUUCAUUGUCAUGGCAGGGAUGGUGGAGUACUCUCUGGACCUACAGAACAUCAACCUUUCCGCCAUCAGGACAGUGCGAGUACUUCGACCACUCAAAGCCAUCAACAGGGUGCCAAGUAUGCGAAUCCUAGUGAAUCUGCUCUUGGACACCCUCCCAAUGCUGGGCAACGUGCUGCUCCUCUGCUUCUUCGUCUUCUUCAUCUUCGGCAUCAUCGGAGUGCAGCUGUGGGCGGGGCUGCUGCGAAACCGCUGUUACCCAGAGGAGAACUUCACCCUCUCCACAGGUAUCACUCUGCCCACUCCCUACUACCAGCCCGAGGAGGACGAUGAGAGGCCCUUUAUCUGUUCCCUAGCGGCAGAUAACGGCAUCAUGUCGUGCCGGGAUGUCCCGGCGAGGAGAGAAGAGGGACGCGAGUGCUGCCUGGAUAAGGACGACUUCCUGCACCGGCAGGAGCUGGGCUUGAGUCCCGAGCCCCUGAUGAACGGCAGCGUGAGCUCGGCGGGCCUCUGCAUCAACUGGAACCAGUACUACACCCGCUGCUACACCGGCCACACCAACCCGCACAAGGGCGCCAUCAACUUCGACAACAUCGGCUAUGCGUGGAUCGUUAUCUUCCAGGUGAUCACGCUGGAAGGCUGGGUGGAGAUCAUGUACUACGUGAUGGACGCCCACUCCUUCUACAACUUCAUCUACUUCAUCCUGCUCAUAAUCGUGGGCUCCUUCUUCAUGAUUAACCUGUGCCUGGUGGUCAUCGCCACGCAGUUCUCCGAGACCAAGCAGCGGGAACACCAGCUGAUGCAGGAGCAGCGGGCGCAGUGCCUCUCCUCCAGCACGCUGGCCAGCAUGGCCGAGCCGGGAGACUGCUACGAGGAGAUAUUCCAGUACGUGUGCCACGUGCUGCGCAAGGCCCGCCGCCGCUCCGCUGCCCUCUACAACACGCUGCGCGGCAGGCCCGCCCCGCCAGCAGGGGGCAGCAGAGCGCGGGCCGGAAAGGCGGGGGAGCGAACCGGCUCCGGCGGGGGAGACAGGCACCAUCAUCACCAGCACUCAUCUCACUGUCAACACAACGGCAAACCUGACCACGCCUCUGUUGGGAAUCCCAUUGGUCUAUCGGUCUCCCCAGACCCCGAUGGGUGCCCGCUGUGCGCCACCGCACAGUCGCACAGUGAUGGGGCGGGGGCCGUGGGCGCUUCAACCAAUGACGACGCAGAGGAAGGGGCUGUGGAGGAGACGGACAGAGAGGGCGCCCAUUCGAGGGAGGAAGAGGCAGACGCCGAAGAUGGCAGGAAGGAGGGGCUCUGUGGAGGACGAUGCAAGGAGAUCUGGGCCAAGAUGAGAAUCAAGCUCUGGGGGAUCGUGGAGAGCAAGUACUUCAACAGAGGAAUUAUGAUCGCCAUUCUCAUCAACACCAUCAGCAUGGGCAUCGAGCACCACGAGCAGCCAGAGGAGCUGACCAAUGUCCUGGAAAUCUGCAACAUCGUCUUCACAAGCAUGUUCGCUCUGGAGAUGAUCCUCAAGCUCACGGCCUUCGGCUUCUUCUGCUACCUGCGGAACCCCUACAACAUCUUCGACGGCAUCAUUGUCAUCAUCAGCGUGUGUGAGAUCAUUGGCCAGUCGGACGGGGGCCUGUCGGUGCUGCGGACCUUCCGCCUGCUGCGCGUGCUCAAGCUGGUGCGCUUCAUGCCGGCCCUGCGCCGGCAGCUGGUGGUGCUGAUGAAGACCAUGGACAACGUGGCCACCUUCUGCAUGCUCCUCAUGCUCUUCAUCUUCAUCUUCAGCAUCCUGGGCAUGCACAUCUUUGGGUGUAAAUUCAGCCUGAAGACAGAGGCCGGGGACACGGUCCCGGACAGGAAGAAUUUUGACUCCUUGCUGUGGGCCAUCGUCACUGUUUUCCAGAUCCUGACUCAGGAGGAUUGGAACGUGGUUCUGUAUAAUGGAAUGGCCUCUACUUCUCCCUGGGCGGCUCUGUAUUUUGUGGCCCUCAUGACCUUUGGAAACUACGUCCUGUUCAACCUGCUGGUUGCCAUCCUGGUGGAGGGCUUCCAGGCUGAGGGGGAUGCCAAUCGCUCCUACUCCGAUGAUGACAGGUCCUCUUCUAACUUUGACGAGAGCGAGAAGCAGAAAGACCCGCUCCAGCUUUCAGAUCCAAAGAUUUGCACGCUGACCCCAAACGGGCACCUGGAGCUGGCACCAAUGUCCAACCCCAGAGGGGCAUACCAGGUGGACCGACUGACCUUUGCGCUGGGGUCACGCAAGAGCAGCGUGAUGUCUCUGGGGAAGGCCAACCUGGAGCAGAGAUCUCUGCGUCCCGGCCGCAGUUCCCUCUACCACAGCUGGGGGCGCCCUCCUCCUCAGUCUGCGUGGAACCGAAGGUCCAGCUGGAACAGCCAGGCCAGGAACUCCAGAGGGCUGGGUUUAGGGGUUGGAGGCGGCAGCCUCCGGGCCCGCAACCCCCAUUCCACCCCAGCCGAACACGAGUCCCUCCUGUCCCCUCCCCCCAUGCUGCCACCGCCGUUGCUGUCCCGCCACUUCCCUCCCCGUCGAGACAGACGAGCCCUCUCCCUGGAGCUCCCCGAACUGCUGCAGGUGCCGGGGCCUGCCCUGCCGGCGCUUACACGGAAGAAGAGCUUCUCGGGGGGCCUGGGGGGACCAGGGGGUUCCGGCGAACACCAUGACUGCAACGGAAAGACACCAUCCCCUCAGCCUCCACUCCUGGGAGAGGUCUUCCCACAGCUGAACACCCGCAAGGAGAGAGCUGAACUGGAGGAGGAGAUUGACUAUAGCCUGUGUUUCCGGAUCCAGAAGAUGAUAGAGGUGUACCGGCCCGACUGGUGCGAGGCCCGGGAGGACUGGUCCGUCUACCUGUUCUCCCCUCAGAACAAGUUCAGGUUGCUCUGCCAGUCUAUCAUAGCACACAAGCUGUUUGAUUAUGUGGUUCUGGUUUUCAUCUUUCUCAACUGCAUCACUGUGGCCCUGGAGAGGCCAAAGAUCCACCAGGGCAGCCUGGAAAGGGUCUUCCUCACCAUCUCAAACUAUAUCUUCACUGCCAUCUUUGUGGCAGAGAUGACUCUUAAGGUGGUGUCUAUGGGUCUGUAUCUGGGAGAUAAGGCCUAUUUGCGCAGCAGUUGGAACAUUCUGGAUGGCUUCCUGGUCUUUGUGUCUCUUAUUGAUAUUGUGGUGUCCAUGGCAGGCGGAGCCAAAAUUCUUGGCGUAUUGCGAGUACUCAGACUACUUCGAACACUUCGCCCACUAAGGGUCAUCAGUCGAGCACCAGGCUUAAAGUUAGUGGUAGAAACCCUCAUCACUUCCCUCAAACCCAUCGGCAACAUUGUUCUCAUCUGCUGUGCUUUCUUCAUCAUCUUUGGCAUCCUUGGGGUCCAGCUCUUCAAAGGCAAGUUCUUCUACUGCUUGGGUCCGGAUGUGAAGAAUAUCACCAACAAGUCAGACUGUCUCUUGGCCAAUUACAAGUGGGUCCACCACAAGUACAACUUUGACAACCUGGGACAGGCUCUGAUGUCCCUGUUUGUGCUGGCCUCCAAGGAUGGCUGGGUCAACAUUAUGUACCACGGCCUAGACGCAGUAGGCAUUGACCAGCAGCCCGUUAUAAACAACAACCCCUGGAUGCUGCUCUACUUCAUCUCCUUCCUGCUGAUCGUCAGCUUCUUCGUGCUCAACAUGUUCGUGGGCGUGGUGGUGGAGAACUUCCACAAGUGCAGGCAGCACCAGGAGGUGGAGGAGGCCAAGCGCAGGGAGGAGAAGAGGCUGAGGCGUAUGGAAAAGAAGAGACGGAAGGCUCAGAAGUUGCCGUACUACGCCAGCUACAGCCAUGUGCGGCUGAUGAUCCACACUCUGUGCACCAGCCACUACCUGGACCUCUUCAUCACCUUCAUCAUCUGUGUCAACGUGGUCACCAUGUCCCUGGAGCACUACAGCCAGCCACAAUCCCUGGAGACAGCUCUCAAGUACUGUAAUUACUUCUUCAGCAGCACCUUUGUGCUGGAAGCUGUUCUGAAGCUCAUCGCGUUCGGCUUCCGCCGCUUCUUCAAAGACAGGUGGAAUCAGCUGGACCUGGCCAUUGUGCUAUUGUCGGUGAUGGGCAUCACACUGGAGGAGAUUGAGAUCAAUGCCUCCUUACCCAUCAACCCCACCAUCAUCCGCAUCAUGCGGGUGCUUCGCAUCGCCCGGGUGCUGAAGCUGCUGAAGAUGGCCACAGGAAUGCGGGCCCUGCUGGACACAGUGGUUCAGGCCCUACCGCAGGUGGGGAACUUGGGCCUGCUGUUCAUGUUGCUGUUCUUCAUCUAUGCAGCGCUUGGAGUAGAGCUGUUUGGAGAGCUGGUGUGUAACGAGGACUACCCAUGCGAGGGAAUGAGUCGUCAUGCCACCUUCGAGAACUUCGGCAUGGCCUUCCUCACGCUCUUUCAGGUCUCCACCGGGGACAACUGGAACGGCAUCAUGAAGGACACGCUGCGUGAGUGCCCGACGGGGGAGCACACCUGCAACCCCAGCCUGCAGUUCAUCUCGCCGAUGUACUUUGUGAGCUUCGUGCUGACGGCCCAGUUCGUGCUCAUCAACGUGGUGGUGGCAGUGCUGAUGAAGCACCUGGACGACUCCAACAAGGAGGCGCAGGAGGACGCAGAGAUGGACGCCGAGAUCGAGCUGGAGCUGGCCCAGGGCGGGCUCUGCUGCCUGGGGGCUUUGGGAGGAGGAGGUGGAGGGGGAGGCGGAGGGGUAGGUGACAAGGCAGGGGCGGAGGGAGCGAACCGACAGUGCGCCGGUGCCAGCGCCAACCCCAACCCCAUCCCCGGUGCUAACGACCCCCGCAAACUGUACUCUCCAGCCCAGGAAAACCUGUGGCUGGACAGUGUCUCUCUGCUCAUCAAGGACUCGCUCGAGGGAGAGAUGCUGAUGAUCGAUAACCUCUCUGGCUCUGUGUUUCACCACUACUCCUCUCCCCCAAUCUGCAAGGAUUGCAAGUGUCAUCCCCAGGAGAUCCGACUAGCCGAGGUGGAGCAGGCUUCUCUGAUGUCAGAGCAGCUCUCAGACAAGUCCUCCUCACUGGCUCUGCCUGACGACCUCAGCCUGGAUGACCACAGUGUGUAUCAGCUGCUGGUGAGAGACAGCAAGGAGGGAAGGAGCAGCAGCGACUCCCACAGCUCUGAGGAGCUGGGCAGCAGCGGGGCAGGAGGCACGGUGUCUGCACCCCACAGCCCCAGGACCGAGGAGGGCGGAGGGCUGUUCGAGCUCGACUUCAAAAAGGACCUCCAGGGGCCACAGCACACGCCCGCCCACAAUGCAGAUGGGGAUCCCUUCAGCAGUAGCAGCCAUGGAGGAGGCACUGGGUCGUCUCCCCUCUUUCACCUCCCCGCGGAGUUCUUCCACCCAGCCGCCGCUGCCCCUCCAAACAGCCCCGGCCUUGGGGGCGUCUCCACAGGAAGGGGGUCUAGACUCACCUCCCCUGCGUCCUGGGCCUCCCUCAGGUCCCCGGGAGCCAACAGCAGGGUUCUGGACAUGCAGCACCCGUCUCACAGUGACUCAUCCCUGGCCACAGGGAGCUCGGAGGGAAGCCUGCAGACCACGCUGGAAGAGGGCUUGAGCUUCAGUGUGUCGCCCCCUCGUGACCUUGAUCUGCCUCUACCUCUGCUCAGCCCACUCCCAGGUGACUCCAACUGCCCCCCUGGACAAACUCUAAGACCACUUGCACACCCCUUAGCCAAACCCCCAUCUGUGUUUAACCUCCAGGCCACCAGGGGGCGCCAAAGGAGUCAGAGCAGCUGUGGAGGCAGCACCAGCCCAGGCUGUAACAGGCAGGAUUCUAUGGAUCCCUCUGAUGAGGAUCUGGGGAUAGGGAUUGGAGGAGGUGGGUCCAGUCAAGCCUGUAACAGCGAACAUUUGUCAGAGACUUUGAGCAGCCUGUCACUGACAUCGCUUCUCUCCCCGAGCUCUCUGGCUCCCCCAUUGGUCAAGAAAUGCAAUAGCACUGGCAGCCUGGAGCAGGGGAGCGCGUCAGCACGGGGGAAAGAGGCGCGGCAUCUUUAUGGAAUGGACCCCCAAGGUUACCUCUCGAACCCUUGGACUGAGGAGAGGCGGGGUCAGGAAGGAGAGGCUGGGAUGAGCUUUGGUGUGAAAAGUACAAGCCAGACAACAGUUGUGGGCUUGCGGAGAAACAGAUGAAAGCUCGCACCGUUACCUCUCUCCAAAGUCCCCCUUUUUCAUCCUUUGUUUCCGGAUGAGCUAUCUGACAUGUGCUCUGUAAACUGCCCUCUCUGUUUCUUUUGUGAUGCGUCUGUGUUUUGUAUUUCCCCACGAGCGGUGGAAUCUGAGAUCUUGCGAUUUCAAGGGGAUUACAGAGGCUGGAGAAAACUACACUGGAAAAGAAAGACAAGCAGCUGUUUUCUCCAGUGUGAGAGAGGAGACAUGGAGGUGCUGUUCAAAAGCAGAGAAGACUACUGAAUAAAGCCAGGGAAGGGUGGACAUAAAGAAGACUUGAAAAUCCUAGAUGGAUUUACCGUUGUACUGGGUUUGAAUGGAUUAAGAGUUUAAAUGAAAAUCUAAGCAAACUAGAAAAAAACUGUCAGUGGUGCAGGGGUAUUUUCCAUUAGACAAGACACUAAGCAAAACUUCUUUUUAAGUAAAUAGUAAUUGAACAGAAUAUUCAUCUGUAAAUGCAAACGGGCAUUGGGCAACGGCUAUUAAUUUGGACAGGGUGAAUUCAGUGGAUUAAGAGGAAGGGAGAUGCUGAAAAAUAUUCUUGAAAAUCGCCAGUAAGGGCACUAAUGACCUCUUGUCUGAAUGAACGUCAAGGUUUUGUAUGUAUGUGUGUAUCUGUGUGUGUGUGUGUGUGUG